AUGGCAACGCCAAACACACACUUAACCACACCCACUAAAACCCCAUCAACAAAUUCUUCAUCUAUUUCAAGAAAGCACCAAAAUAACACCUCAAACUCUCGAUUCGAAGCAUACAAUCGGUUGCAAGCGGCAGCAGUUGCAUUCGGCGAGAAACUACCCAUCCCUGAAAUUGUAGCAUUGGGUGGACAAUCUGAUGGAAAAAGCUCGCUUCUUGAAGCACUUCUUGGAUUUAGGUUCAAUAUCCGUGAAGUCGAAAUGGGUACCCGUAGACCCCUCAUUCUUCAGAUGGUUCAUGACCCGUCCGCACUUGAACCGCGUUGUCGAUUUCAGGAAGAGGAUUCUGAGGAAUAUGGAAGCUCUGUUGUAUCUUCAACAACAAUUGCAGACAUUAUAAAAUCCCGUACAGAGGCCCUUUUGAAAAGGACUAAAACCGCAGUUUCUUCUAAGCCAAUUGUAAUGAGAGCAGAAUAUGCACAUUGUCCUAACCUCACUAUCAUUGAUACUCCAGGCUUUGUCCUUAAGGCAAGGAAAGGUGAACCAGAGAACACACCUAAUGAAAUUCUUUCAAUGGUGAAGUCAUUGGCCAGUCCUCCCCAUCGUAUUCUUUUGUUCCUUCAACAGAGUAGUGUGGAAUGGUGUUCAUCUUUAUGGUUGGAUGAAAUUAGGGAAAUUGAUCCAACCUUCAGAAGGACUGUAAUUGUUGCCUCAAAAUUUGACAAUCGGCUCAAGGAGUUUAGUGACCGUUGGGAAGUGGACCGUUAUCUAAGUGCAAGUGGAUACCUAGGGGAGAACACUCGUCCUUUUUUUGUGGCUCUGCCGAAGGACAGAAACACCAUCACAAAUGAUGAGUUCCGCAGACAAAUAUCUGAGGUGGACUCCGAAAUCCUACGCCAUUUACGUGAUGGGGUCAAGGGAGGUUUUGAUGAAGAAAAGUUUAGGCCCUAUAUUGGUUUCAGCAGUCUGAGGGACUAUUUGGAGUCUGAACUUCAAAAGAGAUACAAAGAAGCUGCUCCAGCAACCCUAGCUCUCCUUGAGCAACGCUGUGGUGAAGUUAAUGCUGAGCUGGCUAGAAUGGACUCGAAAAUAUUGGCCACUUCUGAUGUUGCUCAUCUGCGGAGAUCUGCGAUGUUGCAUGCAGCUUCUAUUAGCAAUCAUGUGGGGGCUUUAAUUGAUGGAGCGGCAGAUCCUGCCCCUGAGGAGUGGGGGAAAACCACAGAGGAGGAGCAGGCAGAGAGUGGUGUUGGGAGUUGGCCAGCUGUUACUGUAGAUAUAAAACCUCCCAAUGCAACUCUUAGACUGUAUGGAGGAGCUGCUUUUGAAAGGGUAAUGCAUGAGUUCCGGUGUGCUGCAUAUUCCAUUGAAUGUCCCCCAGUAUCCAGGGAGAAGGUGGCCAAUAUAUUACUUGCCCAUGCCGGUCGUGGCGGGGGUAGAGGUGUAACAGAAGCUGCUGCAGAGAUCGCCCGGGCUGCUGCCCGCUCUUGGCUUGCUCCCCUACUUGACACAGCUUGUGAUCGGCUUGCCUUUGUUCUGGGGAAUCUCUUUGACCUUGCUUUGGAAAGAAAUCACAUGCGUGACUCAGAAUAUGAUAAGAAAAAUGGAAAUAUGGAUGGGUAUGUUGGUUUUCAUGCUGCAUUAAGGCGUGCUUAUAGCAGAUUCAUAAAGGAUCUUGCCAAACAGUGCAAGCAACUAGUUCGGCAUCACCUUGAUUCAGUUACAAGCCCAUAUUCUCAGGUUUGUUAUGAGAAUGACUUUCAAGGAGGCUUUGGCUUGAGCGCAACGUCUUAUUUUAAGUUCAAUCAAGCUUCUUCUGGUCCAUUUUAUCUGGAAUUGUCAGAUGUUGGAGCACCAUCACAUGAUGAAACGAUGAGGGACCAGGAGAAUAUACCUCCGGAAAAAAAUGUACAGCAAACGACUCCAGGAAAAGUUGCAGAAGCUAGAGAAGCUCUCAAAGAGAGCCAAAUGACUGUGCCUGAGACCCCAUCUCCAGACCAACCAUAUGAUGUGGUACAUGCUGGCGUGAGGAAGGAGAAUGUUAACAAUGAAAUUGGACCAAGAAAGAGAAUGUCGAGAAUGACAGGAAAUACCAAGAAUACUGAAAGUGUUCAAAAUGGUGGCAGUCUUCUAUUUGGAAAUGCGGAUAGCGGUGCAAGAUCAGGCUCGGCAUACUUGGAAAUCUGCUCAUCUGCUGCACAGCAUUUUGCACGGAUACGUGAAGUUCUUGUGGAGCGAAGCGUGACAUCAACUUUGAACUCUGGAUUCUUAACUCCCUGUCGGGACCGUCUUGUUGUGGCACUUGGGUUGGAUAUGUUUGCUGUCAACGACGAGAAAUUCAUGGACAUGUUUGUUGCACCUGGUGCCAUUGAUGUGCUCCAGAAUGAACGCCAAUCUCUUCAGAAGCGUCAGAAGAUACUCCAAUCUUGCUUGAACGAGUUCAAAAGUGUUGCCAGGGCACUUUAA